AUGGAUUUCAUUCGGGAAGGUACCUGGGAUGAGCCCAAGCUCCGGCUGUUCCACGCUCAGGCCCCCCUCUCACAGCGAGCUAUUGAACAAAUCCUUGACACACCGAUCGUAGCCAAAGGACCGGACAUCCCGCGUUGGAACCUAUCCCGCUUCGGGGACUUCUCACUCGCCACGACAUGGGAGACCAUCCGAGCACAACGUCCUAUCAUCUGGGGAUUAGAUGAUAUUUGGAAGGCCGGCCUUACCACCUCAAUCUCCAUUUUCAUAUGGAGGCUGUUAUCAAAUCGAAUCCCCGUCGAUACAAAACUCCAGUGGCGGAAGAUGGAGAUGGCGUCAAAGUUCCAAUGUUGCCCGCAUAGUCCAGGCAUCGAGUCACUUCGACAUCUUUUCAUCCAAGGGUCGGGAACGAUCAGAGUCCAGACUUUUAUUCAGAAUAGCAUGGCCACCGGAAAUAUCAAGCCAAAACACUGGAAGGGCGUGAAGCUCAAAAUGAGCAUCCCGAGCAAGGCCGAGACGAGGCUACCAAGACCCCUUGCCAUGCCGAUCAAAUGGCAUCCCCCAGAUGGGCCCUCGAUCAAAAUCAAUACAGACGGAGCGUACUCGGAAGCAUCGGGUAAAGCGGGAGGGAGAGGAAUUAUCCGAGACUCCAUGGGGAAGAUGAUCUCCGCCUUUGCUGAACCACUCGACGCCCACUCAGCCCUGGAGGCAGAGCUCAAGGCUGCCCACCUUGGUUUGUCUUUGGCACAGGAACUCACUCAACCUAUGUUGCUCGAGAUGGAUUCGGAGCAAGCGCUUAACCUUCUCAAUAGCGCAAGCUAG